GAGGGGCGGCGUUGGGGUUGCUAAGGAGAGCGGUUGGGUUGCCAUGGGAAGCUUGGCGCCGGUUUGAGGCAACGUCUGCGAUGUGCGCUUGGCGUGGAGAGGCAGAGAGCGGAUUAAGUGGUGAGGAGAGUCGCAGGAAGCGGUGGGUUAAAGCAUUUGAGGCAUGUGAUGAAGACCACAAAGGAUAUUUAAACAGAGAGGACUACAAGGUUGCUGUAGUGAUGCUGUUUGGCUAUAAGCCCUCAAAGGUGGAAGUGGAUUCAGUAAUGGCUUCUGUGAAGCAAAAUCAGUCUGGUGUAUCACUUGAAGAAUUUCUAAAUCUUAUGAGUACAAAGAAGGCUGCACAUUUUUACCAAAGCGAAGUAAGGCAGCUAUUCACUGCUUUUGACAGGCAAUGUAGAGGAUAUUUGUCUUUAGAAGAUUUCAGAAAAGCUUUCAGUGUUGUGGCCCCAAAGCUGCCAGAGAGGACUGUAGUUGAAGCAUUCAGAAUAUUCUGAAGAGGACACAUGCCAUCAAAGUUUUACCAGUUUGUACACUAACUCUUUAUAAUGCGGAGCACCAAAAUAAACAUGCAUUAAUAGAUCAGUUGAACCAUUUGGUGGUGCUUAAUAGCCUUUUCUAGGCAAGUAAUAAAAGACAAACUAUAAUACAUGCAUUUGAUAUUGUUUAAUGGAAAUCAGAAUUGUCUUCCAUCUUGCACAGUAUGGUUUUUCAAUGUAACUUUUCAAGAUGUUCAUAUUAACCAAUGUUGUUGAAAUCUGUGUAAUAUAUUCAAUUUAUUAUGGUCAACAUACUAGAAAUAAUAAAAAUAAAACUGUA